AUCGGUCUCUUCCCAAAAACAAAAACACAAACUCCAAGUCUUCUAGAGAAGACUCCAAGUCUUCCUUCUUGGGUUUUGUUUCUUUUUGUAUCUCACCAUGUCUCUACUAUGUAAAAAACCAAAGUCUGGUACUCGACUCUCGAGAUUCUUGUCGGAGUUUCAACAAUCUCCCCGACGCGGCGGGAUCAUGGUCGUUGAAACUGGCUUCCCAACUUGUCUGAUCGAUCUCUUCUUCAAGAAUCGCGAUCGUCUAAAAAAGAAUUCCUCUAAAACAAAACGCAUCCAACGCCUGAUCGAGACCGCUCCAAACGCUUCUUUGCCAGUUAAUCCAGACGCGAGUCUAGAAAAGCCCGUAGCCAGGAGUAAUAUUGAGAAAGUUAGUCUCGUCGGCGGUGGAUUAAAUAACAACAACACAAGUGAAAAGAAUGUUUGCGUUUGCGGCGACAGAAGCGGUGCGUUCGUUUUGUUGGCGUUUAAGGUUUUUAUAGUGGCAGUACUUGCCUUGAGCACGACGCUGAACCUCACUAUGGGAAUCACUCUCUCCACCUUCGCGCUUCUCUUAGUAGAGAACGUGGCGACGCGUGUUCUAACGCGCUUCAAGCUCUGUAAAACCGACACCACAAAUGAAAAGCAACACGACGCGAAGUUGAUUUUUUGUUCGCAAGAAACAGAGCCAGUAGCUGUAAUAAAGAACUCGGAUGAGACAAAGAUUCGUGAUCUGUCGUUGAAAGAUGAGAAAAAGAGAAGCAAAAGUUCGAGACUGAAAUCGAAGAUUCUGAAGAAGCUGAGGAGUUACAAGCAGAAGAAGAAUAAAACGAUUGUGAUCGAAGAAGAGACUUUGACUGAUGUGUCAAUAGUGGUUCCAGAGGAUAAGUACGAGGUGGUCGAGGAGAAGUCGAAUCCACCAUUUAUAGAAUCAAAAGGAGAUAACAUGAAUGGGAUUGUUGUGAUCGUGAUUGUGCUUAUAGGUUUGUUAAGUGGAAAGAUCGCAGCUAUUGGUCUGACACUAUCCUGUCUGUAUCUCAGAUUCGGAGCAGCCAAAAAAUCUAGUCUUUGCAUAUAAAAAUUCUUUUCGUUUUUUUUGUUACAAACAUUGGUGGUGAUCAUUGAUUAAAUUUUCUUACUUAUGUUAUUGUAAACGUAAAUUUUAAACGCAGACUAGUGGUGAUAUGUUGGCGUUUGGCGCGCUUAUGUUUAUUUUAUGCAGAAACGGAAAACCAUAAAG